AUGCCGCCUCGUCAACCGCCAGUACCCUGGGAACCACCAGAGAGGCCUUGGUCAAGCGUGCAUAUCGACUUCGCUGGCCCACUUAACGGAGUCUCCUACCUAAUAUUGGUUGACGCCUACUCGAAAUGGCCCGAGAUUGCUCCGCUGAAUCCAGCAACUGCAUCUUCCACUAUCGCCUUCCUACGACGCAUCUUUAGCCAACAUGGCUUACCAGGAGUCCUGGUUUCAGAUAAUGGCUCUCAGUUUACUUCGUCGUCGUUUGAGGAUUUCUGCCGCCAGCACAACAUCCAGCAUCUUCGCUCCCCGCCCUACCAUCCUCAGUCUAACGGUCAGGCAGAGCGUUUUGUUGACAUCUUUAAGAGAGCCCUCUUGAAAGCUCGUGGGGAGGGGACCACGGACGAGAUAGUCCAGGCAUUCCUGUUUUCCUACAGGACAACACCGAACCCGGCGUCCCCUGGUGGCGUUUCUCCUGCCGAAGCGUUGAUGGGCCGAAAACUGCGUACAACGUUUCAUGCCCUCGUCCCUACCGGUGCGCAGCCCGCGCAGACUUCUCCAGUUUCUCGCAGCAAGCUCUCCAUCGGAACACCUGUCUUCGUUCGUGAUUAUCGAGCGGGAUUCCCAGACUGGAUUGAAGCAACUGUAGUAUCGCACAGAGGCAGUAUGUUGUUUGACGUCGACGUUGGUGAUGACAUCUGGGUUCGCCACCACAACCAGAUCCGAAGGCGACAUUGCAGUAACACAACUGGGCUCGAUUCGGCGCCGUCACUCUCUCUUGACAACCUACUGGAUACCUUCGCCAUUCCGGCAGAUCGGUCGGUUCCCGAACCCACUGCUGCGCUUCCUUCGGAUGUACCGCCUUCGGUAUCAGUCACUGUCCCCGGGUCUCCAAAAGCGGUACUGACCCACUUGGAGGGGAGGUGUUGGGAGUGCCUACACUCCCAAAAACAAGAGCAAACCAAUCAAUGGAGAUCACGUGCAUUUGCUCUCUCUCUACCGCGCUGUCAUCUCAAUGAGGCGCUUUCCCAUUGGCUACUCCCCUCUUCCCGAAGGUCAUUGGACCGAGUGCCAGCGAACCACGCUAGCGUGUGA